AGGUUCCCAGGAUGCCCCACGAGUAGCCUGACUUGGACUCCGUUUCCCAGAGUGCCCCGCAGGCGAUCUGGCGGUGGUAGCCGCGGCGACAAACCAACUGUCCGGAACUGGAAGCUCCUGCCUCUGCACGGCCCGGUGAGCGGCGGCGGGAUGGACAGCCCCGAGGUGACCUUCACGUUGGCCUACCUGGUCUUCGCAGUGUGCUUCGUGUUCACGCCCAACGAGUUCUACUCGGCUGGGCUCACAGUACAGAAUCUGUUGUCGGGCUGGCUGGGCAGCGAGGACGCCGCCUUCGUACCUUACCACCUUCGCCGCACUUCCGCCACACUACUGUGUCACUCACUGCUGCCGUUAGGUGAGCCUCCUGUGUGCCGGCCGGUGGUGGGCGCUUGGAGACUCCAAGGGCUACUACAUGGGCAUGUGCUUUGCAGCCUCAGAAAAGCAGCUCUACUCCCCUGGUCAGGCCCCAGAAGCCUGGCAGCUCUUCCUUCUCUUGGCUGUGACCCUUCCCCUUCUCUCCUGUACCCUGAUCUACUACUGGUCCUGGGAUAGGUGGACCCGACAUCCACUGGCCCAAACCCUGGCCCUCUAUGCCCUUCCACAGUCUGGUUGGCAGGCGGUUGCUUCUUCCAUCAACACAGAGUUCCGACGGAUUGACAAGUUUGCUACAGGGGCACCUGGUGCCAGAGUGAUUGUGACAGACACAUGGGUAAUGAAGGUGACCACGUACCGUGUGCAUGUGGCUCAGCAACAGGAUGUUCACUUGACUGUGACAGAGUCGAGGCAGCACGAUCUCUCGCCAGACUCAAACCUACCUGUGCAGCUUCUUACCAUCCGCGUGGCAAGCACCAGCCCUGGCACACAGCCCUUUGAUAUUCGGCUGAACUCAUCAGAGUAUGGCGAACUAUGUGAGAAGCUCCAUGCCCCAAUCCGAAGUGCAGCCAAUGUGGUCAUCCGCCAGAGCCUGGGGGACCUCUUCCUAGAAACAUUUGCUUCCCACGUGGAGGUCAACCCAGCCUAUUCAGUACCCAGCAACCAGGAGCUCGAGGCCUGUAUAGGCUGCAUGCAAACACGGGCCAGCGUGAAGCUGGUGAAGACCUGUCAGGAGCCGGCGGUGGGCGAGUGCCAGCAGUGUUACUGCCGACCCAUGUGGUGCCUCACUUGCAUGGGCAAGUGGUUUGCCAGCCGCCAGGAUCCCCAGCGCCCGGACACCUGGCUAGCCAGCCGUGUGCCCUGCCCCACUUGCCGUGCCCGCUUCUGCAUCCUGGAUGUGUGUUGUGUACGCUGAGCAUCACAGUAUGUUCUGUGUCUCCACUAGCCACUUCUGGGGAGUGCCUGAAGCUCCUUGACUUUGGCAAGAGGUUCUAGUUAAAGCACACAAUUAAUCUACAGCCACUCUCUACCUUGAAUCUAUGGUCAGUUGAAGAGUUUUAGAAGAAAUUCUCAUGGAAGUGCCCUACCCCUGGACUGUCAGCAUCUUCUCUUCCAGUUUACCUCCAGGCGGGGCUGAUAGGCCACAUAGGAUGCCCCAAAGCCCAAGACAAUGCAGUUUGGCUCAAGAGCCUUUAUCUGGCCUGUUCGCCUUAAUUCCAUUAGAGAGCAUACCUGUACCUCAUACAAACCAGACCCUGUGGUGGUGGGUAGACACUGACGGUUGACAGGGUCACCAGGGUGCCUCUUUAGUGUGAAGUCCUCUUCUGGGGUAUCCUGGUGACUGCGGCUGGCCAAGGGGCUACCUCUUGGUAGGAAGGCAUGACAGAGUACUUUCCCAAGUUCCUCAUGAGGGUUGCAUAUGCUUUAGAGGGUCCACAAUGCUUUUGGUGUCUUGUCCUGCUUCUCUAGUCCAGGGGAGGCCAAGAGCUCACACUCCUAACCCUAGGGAAGGGUUUUAGGGAGCCAAGGACCAGUGAGCCACAGCACUAUCCAGAAAGAAGCCCACCAGGGGUGUAGCACAGGGUUAGCCAAGGCCUUGUGGGGUGCUUGGAUCAGGAGAGGGUACCUCAGUGGUUAAGGUUCUGAUGGACGUACUUAUACAUAGAUGUACUUGCUUAUCUAUGGUACAGAUGGGUGGGGAGGAGUCUGCUCGUUCCCCUCCAUCUCUGGCACAAAGUGUAGCUGCUAGAGGGAGGACCUCUCCUUCACCUUGUGGUCCUGAAGCACCUACAUUUAGUUGUUGAAAGCAGUAGGGACAGACCAAGCUAGCCUCUCACCCAGCCAACACUGCACCUAACCCCAGGGAUUUGCUAGCAGAGCAAACUCAGCUCUGCCUGUCCCUAUAGUAUGACCAGGAGUCAGCCAGUUUCCAGGGCUGUCUGCCUAGCAGAGGCCAAGUGGUUUGAAGUUAUUUUAUUUUUAACCACAGAAGAGUUAAUUUUAUACAAAUAAAUGUAAAUGUAGCUAAAUGACACAGUAUUUAAUAAAGUGUUCCUUUUCAAGUGA